AUGGCGGACGUGCUCAGUGUCCUGCGACAGUACAACAUCCAGAAGAAGGAGAUUGUGGUGAAGGGAGACGAAGUAAUCUUCGGGGAGUUCUCCUGGCCCAAGAAUGUCAAGACCAACUAUGUUGUUUGGGGGACUGGAAAGGAAGGCCAACCCAGAGAGUAUUAUACAUUGGACUCUAUCUUAUUUCUUCUUAACAAUGUGCACCUUUCUCACCCUGUUUAUGUUCGACGGGCAGCCACUGAAAACAUUCCUGUGGUUCGAAGACCUGACCGGAAAGAUCUACUGGGAUAUCUCAAUGGUGAAGCAUCAACAUCAGCAAGUAUUGACAGAAGUGCCCCCCUAGAAAUAGGUCUACAACGAUCUACUCAAGUUAAACGAGCUGCAGAUGAAGUUUUAGCAGAAGCAAAGAAACCACGAAUUGAGGAUGAAGAGUGUGUACGCCUUGAUAAAGAGAGAUUGGCUGCUCGUUUGGAGGGUCACAAAGAAGGAAUUGUACAAACAGAACAGAUUAGGUCUUUGUCAGAAGCUAUGUCGGUGGAAAAAAUCGCUGCAAUCAAGGCCAAAAUUAUGGCCAAGAAAAGAUCUACUAUCAAGACUGAUUUAGAUGAUGACAUAACUGCACUUAAACAGAGGAGUUUUGUGGAUGCUGAAGUAGAUGUGACCCGAGAUAUUGUCAGCAGAGAGAGAGUUUGGAGGACACGGACAACUAUAUUACAAAGCACAGGGAAGAACUUUUCCAAGAAUAUUUUUGCAAUUCUUCAGUCUGUGAAAGCCAGAGAAGAAGGGCGUGCACCGGAACAGCGACCAGCUCCAAAUGCAGCACCUGUGGAUCCCACAUUGAGGAGCAAACAACCUAUUCCUGCUGCCUACAAUAGAUAUGACCAGGAAAGAUUUAAAGGAAAAGAAGAAACGGAAGGUUUCAAAAUUGACACGAUGGGCACCUACCAUGGUAUGACACUGAAGUCUGUAACGGAGGGUGCUUCUGCUCGCAAGACACAGACUCCUGCAGCACAACCAGUACCGAGACCAGUAUCACAAGCAAGACCUCCCCCAAAUCAGAAGAAAGGAUCUCGAACACCAAUUAUCAUAAUUCCAGCAGCUACCACCUCUUUAAUAACUAUGCUUAAUGCAAAAGACCUUCUACAGGAUUUGAAAUUUGUCCCAUCCGAUGAGAAGAAGAAACAAGGUUGUCAACGUGAAAAUGAAACUUUAAUACAAAGAAGAAAAGACCAGAUGCAACCAGGAGGCACUGCAAUUAGUGUGACCGUUCCUUAUAGAGUAGUAGAUCAACCGCUUAAACUUAUGCCUCAAGACUGGGACCGAGUUGUAGCCGUAUUUGUUCAAGGUCCUGCUUGGCAGUUCAAAGGUUGGCCUUGGCUUUUGUCUGAUGGAUCACCAGUUGACAUAUUUGCUAAAAUUAAAGCCUUCCAUCUCAAGUAUGAUGAAGUUCGUCUAGAUCCAAAUGUUCAGAAAUGGGAUGUAACAGUAUUAGAACUCAGCUAUCACAAACGUCACCUGGAUAGACCAGUUUUCUUACGGUUCUGGGAAACAUUGGAUAGGUACAUGGUAAAGCAUAAAUCCCACCUGAGAUUCUGAAUUACUUGGUUUCCUUUUUUUCCUGCAAAUUGGGAUUAAGAAGCCUCAAAAUACCUUGAUUUAAAGACUGAGACUCAAGCUUUAUGAAUUUAUCAAGAACUUACAAAUGAAGAAGGCCACUGAUUGAUCUUUUAUAAGACCUUGUUGAUGAUGCUUUGUGUUAUAGAAGGAUGAUGCCUGUCAUCUAAAUAAGCAAACUUUUGGCUUACAACUAUUUUUUUAAUAUUAGCCUUCUAGUCUGUAAUGGAAAUUGUAUAUUUUGAUAGAAGUUUUUUCUCCAUUGGUUAAAUUAGCAUUACUUAAAAUUUGUUUCUUUAGAAAAUAAAUGCAGGUUACAAAUGUGUGUAUAUUUAGAGAUUAUAAGGCUCUCUAAGCCAUCUUGCUUCUGAUUUUUCAUUGUUCUAUUGUUACUUUUAUUGAAAUUCUUUGUCAUGAAUGGUAUUAAAUUUUAGUCUCUGGAACUUUUUCCAAAGCUAAGCAAAGGGAUGUGACUACUUUGAUUCAAAAUGUCAACCUGUAUAUGUAUACUGUAUCUAAUCUUAGUCUUUAUUUAAAGGGGAAUAAUGACAAAUCUAAACAGUGAUUCACCUUUGGCUGAACUGUACAGCUUUUCAAAACUUAUUAUAUAAUGAGUACAUUUAGUAAAUAUGUAUUCUUUUCACUGACUUAAGUGAUUUUAAAAUUUAGGAUGAUGAUAUUUCUCUGAUAUCUUUACACUUGAAAAAUCUCAAAACAGGUUAAAAACUCAAUAGGCUCUAGUCCUUCUGAUUUGGGACCCAGAGUAUGGUUUGGGGGAAGGAAUAUAUAUCAGCCCUCUAUAAUGUCACAUUAACUUCCUUAUGAGUUCACUUUUGAUUCUCAUUUUAUAUGGCAUAAGGGGUUUAGUCUUCUAUUUCUAGGCCUGUUAGUGUUAAAGUUCUUACUUUUCAUUAUCCCUAAAUAUUGAUAAACUCUCCCAGGCACCAAAGAACACAUUUACUGAAGUGUCUGAACAGAAACAAGAUAAAAACACUGGUAUUUUUAUGUGCUUAUUGAUAUGGUAUGAAAUACGAAACCUAUAUUUUAACUUAGUAAAAUAUUUUAUUACUUCUCUAUUUUAGAGACAAAGAGUGUUGCAUCCAUGGUACAACAAAUAAGCAUUUUCCUUCAGUUUUAGUUUUGCCCUUUAUUCUUAUAAGCAUCUGGGAGUCUUUACUUCCCUAAAGAGUUUUGCUAUUAUCAUUGCUUAUCAUUCAGUCGUAUAGCAUUUUUCCCCCUCAGCAAUCUCUUAUAUGUUAAUGUACUUUGUAAACAUUUAGCACUUUUUCUGGUAUGUUAAGCUGACAUCACCUAAUCUUUUUCUGAAGUUUAAUGGUAGCACAGAAAUGAAAGUCCGUAUUAUUUAUUUUGUAAGUAAUCACAGAAGUCCAUGCCAAUAGUAAUAGAGAAGAUAUUUAUUCAUCUGGAAUUCACAAAGCUCUUCAGAUAAAAAGCAGUCAGCAUAUUAAAUGAGUGGAUGUGAGUAUAUUUGCAACGUUUGAACAGAUUCUGCCCUCUUCUCUUUCCUCUAGCUUCUCUUGAAAAUAAAAGAAACUCAGACUUGUUCACAUUACAUUUUCCAGCAUAUAAAUCUGUUUUUCAAAGUUUUAUAGUAUAAUUAUGUAUUGUGUAAACAUUCUCCAUAAAGGAAAAAGUCAAGGAUUAGGAAUCUAAUAUUUUGUUUUAAGAUUACUUGUUAGACUACUGUAAGAGGACAUGAGCUACCUUUCCAUAGAGACUUUUGGUAUUUAUAUUUAAUGCCACGCAUGAUUUUUACUUGCUAUAGAGUGAUGUUAAACUUGGGGACAUCUAUUUGAACAGGGUUUAUUUUUCUAUUUUGAAUUUGCCUUAAACAUAUUCAAAGGCUUUGGGAAAUACUGUAAGGAACAUUAGGAAAAGUAAAAUAUGCUUUACCAUAUAUUUUACAAUCAGACCCUUAAUAUGUACUUGUUUUCAUUUUGGGGACCAGUUCAGUCCAUGUAAUUAAUUUUAUAACCAUUAAUUAUCUUUAAAACUAAGUUUGAGCCAGUCACUAUUCAUUCCCCCAUGACACUAUUCUGAGUCCUACAGCAGUCCCUAGCACAGUGCCUUGCAUAAUGUAGGCAUUCAGGAUAUACUUAUAUGCAUGAAUGAAUGAUGUAUUUCCAGUGUAACUGUUAAAUAGAGUUUGACAAUUCUUGUUCUGGAAGAACAGGACUACAGACAAUAAAGAGGCAUAAGUAAAUUUUAAUGAAAAAGUGAUCAUUAAUAACCUGGACUUCUGAUAAGUUGCUGUUAAUUGGAGAUACUUUGUCUUCUCAGCUGAUAAAGGUGGCAUUUCUUUGUUCAUUAAGACUGGGUUAGGUAGCAGUAAGAAGCUUUUAGGUUCAAGUUAAUAGCUCUCAACCCUAAUUUGCACAUUAAAACCAUAUGAGGAGCUUUUAAAAAAAAUUCAGAUUCCUGGAACUUACUCUAAUCCAUUCUGAUUUUAAAUGCUUGAUGCUCUAAAAGAUUUCUAGGUAAUUUUAAUGUGCAGGAAGGAUUGAGAUUCAGUGGUUACAUUUGUCAUUGAAAUUGUAGCAGUAUUAAUGAAAUAAUUGUGUUUUCUUCCCCCUUUUUUGGUGUGGUCAAGCACCAUUGUACUAGACCAUCACCAUUAUAUGUGCUUUUGGCCUAUAUCCCAUAAUGAGAGAUCCCAACCUUGAUUAUUUAUUUAAUACAAAAGGAAUAUUUUGCUGUUUAAUAUUUAAACAAUAUUUAAUAUAUUUCUUUCUAAACAAUGCUAGUUUAUGAUCUUUUUCCCCAUAUGUCCAUUUCCAUUACUAGCUCUCUCUUUUUUAAACAACGUUACAUCAAUUCAUGCAGAUAGAGCUAAUUCCUAUUAAAGAAAGUUUUUCAUCACUUUGUAAGGUAAAAGGAAGUAAAAGAUAAAAAGUGAUUUUCAUCUGCCAUGCAGAGUGAAACAAAGCCAAUUUGUUAAUUAUGAAAGGAAGGAAGUAUACUUUUGAAUUGUUCUGCACAGAGAAGUAAAAGUAAAGUAUUCAUUUAAAUACAGUUCACUAAUAAACAUUGAAGGGAAUAUUUUUCCUAAAUAAAAUUUUUUGUGUGAUUCCUAACAAAGUUUAAA